AUGUCCAAACCAAGUUUGAAUGUCAAUGAGAAGAAGGACGUGUUGCAAUCUAAACAAAACAAAGAGACCAAACAGGCCAAACACGACAGAGAGGACAGAGAGGACCCAUUCGCCGGAAUGGAGGGACUUAAGGCCAAAAUAGGUGAUAAGUUGAUCGAUUUGGACGAUGUUCGACUCAGAAAGCCUCAUAGCGUUCGACCAAGAGUCAAGAACAACGCGGGAGGAUUGCUAGAGACUGGAGAUCAUCGUCCUGUGGACAGACCGAUAGUGGAUCGUGUAGUCACCGAUGUUCGAUUAUCCACGUGCUACAGCAUAUUAGGGAAAAUCCCUCGUUGUAGGCUCACAUUGGAUGAUGGAUCAUCGUGGACCAGAGUGCCGAAGGAUAUUUUGCUUGGGAGCAAGUGGUACAAGAAGGUGUUUAUGGAUUAUAGAACUGCGAAUACACAAAAAGCUGCCAAAUUGGACAUCCAUGUGGUUAAUGAGGUGAGAGUAGGUGAUAAACUGAAGGAUAAAUCGUGGAAAAAUGUUGGAUAUGGAAUGUGGAUCAAGAAAGAUGCUUAUAUUGAUACGGAAAGCAUUACGGGGAUGGAUGUUUUGUUUGGCAGAAUGGCAGUAGAGCCCAGACAGGGAUGGGAUUUGAUUGAACAAUCAUUGAAGGUUUCUGGAAAACAUCUGGAGAAUGAAGAAUUAACAGAAGAGUCUCGAUUGAAGAAAGACUGGCAUAUAUAUGACACAGAGUGCUAUUUGACAGUAAGAAAAGGAAGAAAGAAAGAGCCUGUUCAACGUACAACAUCGCUUAGCUUUGUAGAUCACAAGUUCAAAAUUCUUCAGAUAGCGGAUAUUCAUCUUGUGGCUGGAUUUGGUCGUUGUAGAGAUCCAUGGCCCGAUAUUGAAAAUAGACAGAAGAACAAAUGCUUAGGAGAUCUGAAAACGAUACAGUUUGUGGAAAGGGUUUUAGACCUUGAAAAACCCAACUUUGUGAUAUUCACAGGUGACCAAGUAUUUGGAAGCGAGUCCAAAGACUUUGAGACGGCCAUUUUCAAAGCCGUAAAGCCUGUAAUAGAUCGUAAAAUUCCGUAUGCUAUGGUGAUGGGAAACCACGACUCGGAAGGUUCGUUGAGUCGAGAGCAGAUCUAUCAGCUUCUAGAUACACUUCCUUACUCCAUAUCUAAGGCAGGGCCCGAAGAAAUUAGUGGAGUGGGUAAUUAUCACCUAACAGUUACGAGUGAUAAAGACACCGAAAAUAAGGACCUUAUACUAUACCUGUUAGACUCCCAUUCGUAUACACAUUCAAAGGUUCCAGGGUACGAUUAUAUAAAAGAGGAUCAGAAAGAGUUUGUGAGGAUGGAAUAUGAAAACGAGACGAAGUUAUGGGGGGAUAUUCCAAUGGCAAUGGGAUUCUUUCAUAUCCCAUUACCGGAAUAUCGUGAAUACAAGAAUGAACAUGGCCAGGCAAGACCAAUGGUGGGCCAGUACAAGGAAGGGUGUACUGCUCCCAUCUAUAACUCACAUAUGUUUGAAUUGUUUAAGGAGAUAGGAGUUUCUGUAGUGUCUGUUGGUCACGAUCAUUGCAAUGAUUAUUGCCUUGAUUAUAAUGGUGUAUGGCUUUGCUACGGAGGAGGAGGUGGAGAAGGAGGAUACGCUGGAUAUGGAGGAACUACGAGAAGAUUGAGGGUAUUUGAAAUAGAUAACGAAAGAUACAGCAUUACAAGUUGGAAGAGGCUUCAGACCAAUCCCGAGGAGAUAUUUGAUGAGCAGAUUUUACAGGAGCGGCAGCAGGAGUAG